AUGAAAGAAUUUAUAUAUUAUUAUUUUUUAUUUUAUUUUUUUAUUAAAAUUAUAAAUUCUGAAAAUAUUAUUUUUGUAGAUUAUAAUAUUAAGAGGAAUUAUAAUUCAUUUGAUGAAUGUGGUAGCAGUGAUCAACCAAUUUGCACAUCUUUCGAGGAUGCAAUCAAUAAAGUAAUUUUAAUAUCAAUCAAUUCUUUAGAUACUCCUACUAUUUAUAUAAAUAUAAUUGGUGAUAUUAAUGGUACAAAUAUAAUAUCAUUAGGUAAUUUAUAUAAUUUUUGUGGUACUCUAUAUAUUAGAUCAAAUAGUAGUAAUUCCAAUAUAAAUAUUGAUGGAACAAAUUCAACUCAACAACCAUUUCUAAUAAUUCAAGAACCAGAUGAAAUUAAUUUAACAAUUUCAAAAUGUACAAAAAAAAGAGUUUUUAUAUUUCAACGUUUAAAUUUUAUAAAUUGGGAUCAAACUAUUAUUAGUAUAAAUAUUAAUCAAGAAAUUAACGAUCAACCAAUUGAUCAAUCAAAAUUUUUUCAAAUAUUAAUGGUUGAUACUUUUAUAAUUUCAUCAAGUAGUAUAAUAUUUGUAAAUCCAAAGAAUUCAAAAGAUUUAUUUAAAAAUUAUAAUUUUAAGGGUUUACAAUUUUAUUUUACAACUUCAUAUUGUAUUAAUAUGAAAUCUUCAAAACUAUUAGCUCCGAAUUCUACAGAUAAUUUUUUACCACCAAUUUAUAUUAUUGGUGGUUCGAUUAUAAGGUUUUUUAAUAUUCAAAAUAGUUCAAUAUUAUCAACUCCUUUUAUUUAUAUUAAAAGUGGAUCAUUGGAAUUUGUUAAUGAUAUUUCAAUAUCAAAUAAUAACUUUUCAAUUUAUCCAAUUGUUUUAUUAAUAAAUUCAAAGUUUUCAACUUUAAAAACAAUUUCAUUCAAUGAAAAUGAAUUUUUUACUUUUUUUUUAUUUUAUGAAUGCCAAACUCAACCAAUCACACCAAUUAACUUUUUUAAUAAUAUUCAACCACAUCAAUCAAAUUAUCAGAGAAAAUUAUAUCUAGGAAUUCAAUUGGAAAAUUCAGUAACUGUAAUAAAAAAUAGCCAUUUUACAAUACAGGAAUAUUUAAAGUUUACUUUAAAUUUAAAUAAUACUAUUGGAAAUGAUAUAUUUUAUGUUGAAAAUAGUAAUUUUAUUAUUCAAUUUUUGGGAUUGGAAAGAUUGAUUCAAGGUAAUCAUAUGAUUAAGGUAAUCAAUAGUAUAGUAACUUUUCAAAAUAUAGAUUUAAAAUGGGACGGAUUUCCAAUUAUUGGUUCAAACUCAACAAUUGAUUUCAUAUAUUGUAAAAAUUUAAAUAAUUCAUUUUGUGGUUGCUCUACUUGUAAUUUUUUAAAUCAAUCUUUUAAUUGUGAUUUUAGUUCUUCAACAGCAUCAUCUUUUGAACCAACCGAAACUCCAACUCUUUCUGAAACUAAUUCUCCCACAAACACUCAAACACCACCUACAAUAACCGAGACUCCAACUCAUUCUAAAACCAAUACCCCAACAAAUACUCAAACCCCAAAAAUAAACGAAACGCAACCAUUUAUAACAAAUACCCCAACACCAACACAAACUUUAAAAAAAUCAAAUAAAAAUAGGAAUAUAGCUAUUAUUGUUGUAACUAUAGUUUUAGGUGUCACAUCAAUUGUUUCACUUUUAAUAUUUUCAAUAUAUAAAAGAUAUAAUUCUAAAUUAUCAAUUAGGGAUAAUGAUAACAUGUUUGGAGCUGGUGAUGAAAAAGCAUUCUCACCAAGUUUUGAUAUUGUGACACCCAAUAUAAAUGAAGAUUGCGGUCAAAAAGAAGGAUUAUAA